GUCUCAGCAGUGUUACACAAAACUUUUAGGGAAACAACUGCACUUUUAAACUCCACUCUAAAACAAAGUGUGUAUUCUUGGCUGUGCAAUUGCUUGACCAUGGACCAUCUCAACAUUGGCACCAAUCAUACUUACAAGUCUGAUUUUGACAGCACCAUUGGUCCUGUGGGCUCCAAACAGGUAGGCGCUGCAGUAUUUCUAAGCGUGUGCUGUUUGGUUGGAUUACCCAGCAACAUUGCAGUUAUAAUAACCAUCGCUCGACAGUGGAACAAGCGCAUGAGCUUCACCGUAAAGCUUAUGCUAAAUCUAGCUAUAGCAGAUUCUUUGGUUCUCAGUUUGGCUCCUUUUGGAGUUUCUGGUCUGCUGAAUGGAUGGACAUUUGGCCUUUGGUCAUGUAGGUUUUUGGUGUAUCUAACAUACUGUGCUAUGUAUGGUGGUGUGUUGACUGUAACUAUGAUGGCUGCACAUCACUACCACACAAUUAAGUCAAGAGUUCCUGAUGUCGGUGCACUGGAAAGACUGCGGAAGGUUCGCAGACACUUACUGUUGAUUGGGCUCUGGAGUUUAGCCAUGGUUUUUGCCUUGCCCAUACUUUUUAUUCAAGAUGUUCAGCUCAAGAGGGAAUCUCUAAGGUGCCAGAAAAACAUAUCAUCACCCUCUGGAAAGGUUGCAGUUCUUGUGUUGGAGGUCCAGUUUGGAUAUGUCCUACCUUUAACCAUUAUAGCUGCAUCAUACUGCUGGAUCUACAGAACACAGCUACAAGGAUGUAGAAAUAUUAAGGAAAGGAAGAACAGAAUGAGAAGGCUUGUGAUCAGUAUUGUCACAGCCUUUUUUCUUUUCUGGACUCCUGUACACAUCAUCAACGUGAUUGACAUCGCUACUACUUUGACUAAGACAUCGUCUCCAGCUGUCUAUGAUCAACUGAAAAUGUUUCGUAGAGCAACAGGAGAUCUGAGCAAAACUGUUACUAUAAUUAACUGCUGUGUGAACCCAUUUCUUUAUGCAGUUGCAUCAGGGAUUUUUAAGAAAAAGAGGCAUCAUGAAGAAAAAAAUACAAUAGAAGUAAAUAUAAAAAACUGAGUACAUACAAAUGCUUGUCAUAAUAAUCUUAAAACAAUAUUAAAGGAUAUUGUGCGGUUAUAAUGAACCAUAAGUGCUGUUUCUUCUUUGGGAAUUUAAUGUCUAUAGCUUUGGAGGUACAGUUGCAUAACUGUCUUACUGCUUAUAAUUCAAUGUAACUUCUUGUCUAUUAUCAUGUUGGGGUUAUUCUUUAUGUUACUGAGUGUAAUAAUAUAGUACAUAUAGUAUUCCUCUUUUUUAUUAUAUUUUCAUUGUAUUUCAUUAAUUUGUGAAGCUGUUUGUUAAUUAAUCUAGAAAAAAUACUAUGCUUCUACUAAAUAAACAUUUUUCACUUCCUUAGACCUGUUUACUUCCUUAAAACAAAGUGCUUUCUUUUCCCAAAAAAAUACUUUUGUCCUAUUAAAGCCAUCAUUAAAUGGGUGAGCCUUCAUUCUUUACUUAAUAAACCAUGUCUUUUUUAGAUUUAUUUAGUCUUUAUGUUACAUCAUCACCACCAACAAUUUGGUUAUUAUAGGAUAGCUGUGGCUAUAGCCCCUUAUGCAGUUACUUGACUACUAUAACAUCAGUCCCAGCAGUGGACAGUGGAAGUACCAUCGUCCAACAUGAGACAUGCAUUAUUGUUAAUAAUGACUUCUAAUGACUCUUUUGUUAAAUGAUGAUGUAUAUUUCUGUGCCAAAAGAGAAAUGAGAAGAGAAACCAGCAUGUGAAAACAAAUGAAGAAUGUGAUGAGGGUAUUAAUUUGCAAAAGUUUGUUAGAUUUGUUAUCGUAAUGUAAUUACAUUAGAUGGAAUAUGGAAUAUGAUGGGCUUUAAAAGUCAUAAAAUGAUGUGCAGGUAACUGAUGCAUCAAGCUUUCUAAUUAAUAAGACAUUAUAAAAGAAAUGUAUGUUGUAGAGAAGAUGCACUACACAGUCUUAUGUGUUUUGAUAAACCCUCCUACAUAUGACUGUGAUCCACUUCUGUCUUUUUCCUAAGUCUUGUUGUAACCUUAUAUGAUAGAAGACUAUAUAUCCAUGCCUUUCCUGUUAAUAAACUGCACAUUAGAUAAUGAUUGGAAUAAGAGAACUUAUAUUUUUGGCAGUUAUAUGUAGCCAAAAGGGGAAUAAAUCACAGUGGUGGAGUUUUUCUUAAUGUCUCCUCUUGUCCUGCUUUACAAUAGUCUCAGUUAACUAAAUGUUCUGGGGUUAAAUCACA